UCUUCGAGAAAUAUGUUCUCCUAAUAACUCAGACGAAUUUUCUAGCGUAUUAAAAGACGCGUAUUAUACGACAUAUGAACUAAAUUAAGGCAAUAUUUAUCAGAAUUAAUGGAUAGAUUUUUCUCGCGGAUUUCGCCAGUGGAUAUCAAGCAAGUCCUGGUGAUGAGAUUAUAAAUUUGAAGCAUUCACAUAUUUGAGAUCGUUGCUUCAGAGCGCUGUUAUUGUGUUGAGACGAAAUCAGUCACGACUGAGACGCAGAAUAAAUACAACACAAAGUUUAACACCGUUUUCGUGUAGUAACGAACGUUUUCGAAUAAUUUUCUUUAUCCGUUGUCUCUCUUUCUUUUGUCUAUGAAAUAAAGAUUUAAUAAUUAAGAACCUAUCAUUCAAUCUUUCGUGCGUCAAGCCCUGAAAGAAUUAAGAAACGAAGAUCGAUUUACGAUUAUUUUGCUACAACAGAAACAUAGGAAAACUACGAGGAUCUAAUUAAAUCUAAACCUCCUUUUUUGGAACAUGUUUUUAUUCGCACAAAAAGGAUGAUUAAGUUCAAAAUUUCUGCCCCGGGCAGGAUUGCCUUAUGCGGAGAGUAUACCUCGAUAUAUGGAAAAGAGAUUGUGCUAGCCAGCAUAGAUCGUCGUACCACACUUGAAUUCAACGAAUUAAAUAAUGAUGCAAGAAAUAUUAUUAAUAUAAAGUUCCCUGAUGUCGGUUUAGGGUUGAACAUACCUUUAGCAUUGGUUCUAAAAUUCAUUUCUGGCAAUAAUUUCAUCCACGUCGUUGAGGACAAUGCCCAAUUGCUUAGAGAUGUGCAAUACUUUAUUACUUCAAACGGUUUGUGGAAAACAUACCCGCAGAGAUUUAGCUUACAAACAUUCUUUUUCCUGCUUUUGUACAUCGCUCAUCACGAAAAAAUCGUUAUAAAACCCUUUCGCGUACACUUGACCACGAAAUUACCAAUAGGCGCUGGUCUUGGCAGUUCGACAUCGUUCGCGGUAUGUCUCGCGGCAUGCUUUUUACAUUGGGCGCGUCUGCAGAAAGGUGUCCACAAUAAUAAAUUCAGUUCGUUUGAAUUAGCUCAGAUUUCGAAAUACGCUUCGUGCUGCAAAGAAGUUUUACAAAACUUUAUAAUCCAGAACGACUCUGACAUAUGCACGUAUGAAAUGAAGAUUCUGUUAAUCAACUCCAAAUUUCGUCAGAAUAAGAAUGAACAAAUCAAUCGAAUGGCGCAAAUGAAGAAUUAUUUUCCCUGGACUAUCAAUAUCAUUUUGAAUAAAAUCGAUCGAAUAUCAAAUAAGACUUGUCGUAUGCUUGUUGCAGUUAACAAUAAUUACAGAAAUAGAAAUUUUCUUCAAUUACAAAAAUCGUACACAGCAUUAGCCAUCUUCAUUCAAUUACAUCAACAGAUGCUGUGUCAUCUAGGUUUGUCACAUCCGAAAUUGAAUAUCAUUUGUAUGAUUGCGCAACAUUAUGGAUUCGCGGGAAAACUCACAGGUUCUGGUGGCUAUGCAUAUAUUUUACCGCCACCGGAUGUUACGAAUGCAAAAGAACGUAUCUUAGGUCUUAUCCAACACUUAAAGGCAGAAAAUUUCAUUGUCUCAGGGACCAUCAUGAGUUGCAAUGGAGUGAGGAUUGAAGAUUAAAAUAAUUUCUAUUUUAUAUAAUUAUCUAAGUAAUAACUAUAAAUGAGAACAACAUAUAUAGUACUGUUAGCGAUUUAAAUGCAGGAAU